CGGGCAGCUAUUUUGCGGCGCCUGCGUCCCCCGGUUCCGAUAGAUCGUGCAUAACGAGACCGUCGGGCAGCGGAUCCGCCGCCGGGGCAGCCCUUACGCUUGACAGUACGCAACGAGCAAACAGCAGCAAUAAUGGAGACAUAGCAUGGCGCGCCGCGAAGCCUACGCGUACAUCAGACCUCCAUCGGAGGAAGAAAAGGACUUCCCCCAGGUGCUGAACGUCGAGGGCACCACAAUCUGUUUAAAAGAGUCGUCGAGCCGGACGCGGUCACUAGACGUGAAUAAAAUAUAUGAGAACGAGCAGACGCAGCUCCUCGACGACCUGUCGGGGCGGCUCUUCGCCCAGCUUAAAAAUGAGGGCGACGUCCACAUGCACGUCCUCGGCGCGCACGGCACGGGCAAGUCGCGCUGCCUGUUUGGCAAAGACGGUGACGAAGGCCUCAUGGAACGGUUCGCGGCCAAGUUCUACGGUCAGAGGAACAUGCGGGGCCACGCGAUCAUUGACGUGUCCAUCUUCGACGUGGCCGACGAAGGUAUCUAUGAUUUGCUGUGCCCCGGUCGUGUUGGUAUACUACGGUUCAGCCCCACGGGCGGGCCCUGGGUCGAAGGAUUGUCAAGGCACCUCGCCGGGAACAAAGAGGAGUUCUCGACCUUGUUGCGAGACGCGUUGGCGGUCAAGGCCGCCUCUUUGUUGAACAAGGACGAUAUGCUAGCGCAUUUAUGCGUUAGGUGCAUGUGCUCGUACGACGCCGAAGGGGGCAAGGACCCGCCGGCCCACGAAGGUACGGCGACCUUUGUGGAAUAUGCUUCAUCAAUCCUGGACACCGGGGACGCGGGCGAGGUCCCGUCUGUGUUAAGGGCGUCGCUGGCCCUGUCGCACAUGUCUACUAAUAUUAGGGUGGCGGCGGCCCAGGUCUGUUCGUCAGCUUUGACGUAUGUCCUCGCAGAUAGUUUUUGUAGCAAAUCGAUAUGGCUCGGGUGCCUCAGCCCCGCGUGUACCGACUUGGACGUCAAUAUCACCACCCUACAAACCUUAGAGCAUGUCGGUCAUCUCACUCUAAAUAAUGAUUGGGGCAACCCUUCGACGACGUGCGAAGCCGCCUUCUACGGCAGCACGAGUCAUGCUGAAGAAAAACCGAUUUUAGCGCGACAGCGGCAUCUGGACACGGUCGCCUACAGAGAGGAGCGCGACGACUGGUUGAGGGACGUCGGCGUCGCGCGAGCAAAACGACAAGGUGUGCAAGCCCGGCGCCUCCAGAAGACGAUCCUCGUGCACGUGUCGCCCGACCCGUUACUGUCGGGGCGGCUCUUCGUCCCUCUGAAAGACGUUGUUUAUUUUGGAUCUGAACUGGACAUGGUGCCCGAGGAUUGUAGGAGAAUCACGCUAUUAAGGAAGGAGAUCCAACCGCUACACUGUAUCAUUCAAAAAAGGGGCGACAUGCUUUUAGUAGAUGUGAACGCGAAUGCCAUCGUGUGUCUGAAUGGUGAGAAAAUAACCGGUUCUCAUUGCAUCAAGGACGGCGAUGUGGUACUGAUGGGUUUUGGGUGUUUGUUUCGCGUCUGUACUUCCGGUAAUGAUACUGAUGUAGACUGGCGCGGGGCAGCGAAGGGUUUGUAUGAUGAUCUCACACUGUCCGAGGGGACGCCCUGGGAAGUUAUGAAAGAAGAAAAGCUGGUGCAUGAGCUGCAGCAGAUGAUCCUGGAAGGGAACCACAUCUCCCGUAAAAAAGAGCGGGACGUCCACUACGCCGUGCGAGUCGCAAACACGGGCCCGGACGAGACGCAACCGUGCGUCCUGGUCGCGUCGGCGUCGUCCGAAGUUACUGACACUUGGAAUGCUACAAAAAUGUUAAGAAGGCUGUGCAAGAUUAAGAGGAAUGUGGCAGACCCGGACCCCUAUUUCGACGCGCCCGACCAUCGACUCAUCGGCGUCGGCUUCUGCGCGCUGCAGUCCUUGAUUUACUUGAUGGACAUCGCGGAGACGUGCAAUAUCAUCAGCUUCAAGGGCAAGGCGGCGGGCACGCUCCAAAUUUCCGUGAAACCGACACUGGCGAACUCCGAGCAGUUGGUCGGGGAAAAACAUCUCGCUCAUCAUUUAGGGAAGAAGGUCGAGCUUUCAAUAACAAUUACGCAGGCCAUGAAGCUGCCGCGCAAAUUGUGCGCUUCGGUCUACGUGAGGACGGCCUUCUUUUUACAGCAGGACGGCUUAGCUACGCCACGCUAUCCCACGGCGACGACGUCGCCCUACUUCGGCACGUCCUUCAAAGUUAGUCAAAUCAUCACCGAGGAUUUUCUGUCCUAUCUGGAGACGGGCGCGCUCGAGCUCCAGGUGUGGGGGCGGUGCUGUUUUUGAUUAACGCGUAUGCGGCCUAGGAUUUUUAGCAUAAACUGCA